AAAGAAAGAAUUUCCUUUCUAAACCUCCUGAUAAAGUCAAGGGCUCAUCGACAUUUCUGGCAGCGGCUACAAUGUCUUAGAGGUCCGGAGUCCCCCGGCAGCUUCUCUGAGACUAGACCCGCUCAGGCGUGGACUUCUGUCCCCCGCACUCCUCUACCCGCGGGAGAGGCGGGGUGUGUGUGUGGCGGCAGUCCAGACAGUUUCAUUGAUUUUUCUGCAAACAAGCAGGGGAUAUAGCGCAGUCAGUCCUCCCGAGAGGGGGCUGGUACUUUCGUCCUAAAGCUCUCGUUUCCUCGGGGAACGGAAUUGCUAGACGCAUGGGUGCUCUGUCUUUAGUCUUCCCCGCUCCCUCUGAGGGCCGGCAGGGGUUAAAUCUCAGGCUCCGGCUCCGUGGGAGAAGGUGAGGCUGGGAGGUCCGAGGUGAGGGCGUGCCAUCUGGGUGCCGGAGAGGUGCGGAUGGAGGGGAUCGUCUCCUCCCUGCUGGAGCCGCUUUGUUAGCGAGGAGGGUUAUAGAUACUCAGUAUGUUUCCGCUGACUGAGGAAAACAAGCAUGUGGCCCAGUUGUUGUUCAAUACUGGUACAUGUCCAAGAUGUAUCUUCAGAUUCUGUGGUGUGGAUUUUCAUGCACCUUACAAACUUUCUUACGAGGAAUUGCUCAAUGAACUACAGAAAUUUCUGAAAACUGAAAAAGGUGAAUUAAUUUUGGAAGUUCCAAACCCACCUCCCAAGAAAAUUCGACUCCAUGAACUGGAAGAUGGGAUUGAUGGGACUGAUAAUCAGAGUCAAAAUGGAGAGGGAAGGGUGUCCGUUAUUGAAGGCGGAAGCAUUGUUUCUAAGAGCUCCAGUCCAAAUGUAUGCAAUGUAUGCCUAGGAAUUCUUCAGGAAUUCUGUGAAAAAGAGUUCAUUAAAAAGGUGUGCCAAAAGGUAGAGGCCUCUGGAUUUGAAUUCACUAACUUAGUGUUUUCAGUCUCCUUCCCACCACAGCUAUCUGUAAGAGAGCAUGCUGCAUGGUUGCUGGUAAAACAGGAAAUGGGAAAGCAGAGUCUGUCGCUGGGAAGAAAUGACAUAGUUCAGCUAAAAGAAGCCUACAAAUGGAUAACUCACCCCCUGCUUUCAGAGGAACUGGGUGUUCCCAUUGAUGGAAAGAGCUUGUUUGAAGUGAGUGUGGUCUUUGCUCACCCAGAAACAGUGGAGGAUUGCCACUUCCUACGUGCAAUAUGCCCGGAUUGCUUCAAGCCAGCCAAAAACAAACAGUCAGUAUUCACUAGAAUGGCGGUUAUGAAAGCUUUGAAUAAGAUAAAUGAAGAGGAUUUCCGCAAGCAGUUUCCUUGUCCUCCAAACUCACCAAAAGCUGUAUGCUCUGUUCUUGAAAUGGAAUGUGCUCAUGGUGCUGUCUUUGUGGCUGGGAGAUAUAAUAAAUACUCCAGGAAUCUGCCACAAACUCCUUGGAUAAUUGAUGGAGAAAGGAAGCUGGAAUCUUCAGUGGAAGAAUUAAUUUCCGAUCAUCUUUUGACAGUAUUCAAAGCAGAGAGUUUUAAUUUUUCAUCCUCUGGAAGAGAAGAUGUAGAUGUGAGGACAUUAGGAAAUGGAAGGCCCUUUGCAAUUGAGCUGGUGAAUCCUCAUAGAGUACAUUUCACUUCACAAGAAAUUAAGGAACUUCAGCAGAAAAUUAAUAGCUCGUCUAACAAAAUCCAAGUCCGUGACUUGCAGCUUGUCACAAGAGAGGCAAUAGGACAUAUGAAAGAAGGUGAAGAAGAAAAGACCAAGACCUAUAGUGCCUUAAUAUGGACAAAUAAAGCAAUACGGAAGGAAGACAUUGAAUUUCUAAAUGACAUGAAGGACUUAAAGAUCGACCAGAAGACGCCUCUGCGGGUCCUGCACCGGAGGCCCCUGGCUGUAAGAAAUCGCAUCAUUCACUCCAUGGAGACGUGCUAUGUGGAUGAGCAUCAUUUCCGCCUCCAGCUAAGGACUCAGGCUGGAACCUACAUUAAAGAGUUUGUACAUGGAGACUUCGGGAGAACCAAGCCGAACAUUGGCUCUCUGAUGAAUGUAACUGCAGACAUUCUUGAGCUGGACGUUGAGUCUGUAGAUGUUGACUGGCCCCCUGCUCUGGAUGACUAGCUUCCAAGUUUGGAAAUGGAGUAGGGUUUUCGUGGCCCAACGUGGAUGUCCAUUCAGCAUACAUUGUAAAACGGCUGUUUACCCACGAUAAGGGUGUCUUGGCAACUGUUUGGAUCAUGUUGAUCUAUUUAUUUUUAAACUUGUAACAUCUCAGGAUCCAUAUACAGUAUGUGUAGAAUGUGUGCUACAUUGUUCUAAAGAUGUCUUAUGAUUUUUCUUGUUCCCUCGCCAACCCCCACAAGUCCAACUAUGAAUUAUGAAACCAUUCCCUAUAUUCAUUCUUCCAUUUAGAGAGGUGCACAAACAGGAUACAUUCUCUGAUAAUCUUAAGAAGCUGUAAUUUCUUUCAGCAAAACUUCCCUUCACAAGAGAAUUACCACCUUUAAAAUCAUGUUCUAAAUUUUUAAAACAAUGUUGAUAAGUUGUCUAUAUUUAUGCAGCACAGUAUCUUAUAAUAAGAUACCAAAUGCAAAUCUGAGACCAUUAAUAUUUUUCCCAGUAAGCUUCUAGCAAGCUGUUACCAAUAGAAGUACUCUUGGUGUGAUUUGUCACAAAUGCUAAUGACUUCAAGUUACUCAUUGACAAUCUAAAAUUGUCAAUGCCUUUCCUGGAGAGGGAAAGUAAAACCUUAGGAAUCGAGGUAAGAGACUUUAAUAAAUCUUUUAAAGAAGGAGACACAAGUGCCUUCAAUAACUUCAUUGCCAGGGAUAAGAUUUUGAAAAAUUGAGAUUGCCAAAAAAAGGUGAUACUAUUCUAGAGGGCUUCAAUAUAUUAUCUAACCUCAAACAUCCUUAUCAGGUAGACAGGAUAUUAUCAUCUCCAUUUUAUAAAUAUGAAAACCAAAGAUAGCAGUUAAAUGAUUUAUCUAAAUUGUUAGUUACUUCCAUGUCUAAGACCAAACUUAAGUUUCCUGGUCUGUAGGCCCUUUCUAAUAAACCUUAUUAUUGAGCACAUACUGUCUGAAGGAAGCAGUUGAGGAUGUCAUUUUAAUGCACAUAACCAUGAAAACUGACUUUUAGAAUUUAGAUUCAAGGAGCUUAUCCCAAAAUAGCCCAAGUAUAUUUCAUAGUAUUUCAUGAUUACCAUUUGCUAGUAAGUUAAUCAUCAGUUAGUACUAUGAAGAGGAAAAAACAAACAAAACCUAGAGAAAAUGGUUGAGUCAUUAAGAGAAAACUUUCAGAAAGGAGUCUCAUUAAAAUUUUACACUUAAGUGUCAUUUCCAUCAUCCUGACUCAACGCUCUGAGCUUCAGAACACAUGUGACUUGGAUAGUAUUAGAUUACCCAGUUUCCUAUCUCUCCAAUAUAAUUCAGAUACUAAGAUGUAUUAUUUAAAAAAUUUGUUUUAAAAUAUUUUUUUAUUGAUUUCAGAGAGGGAGAGGGAGAGAGACAGAAACAUCUUAUCCCCCCCCCCCCCCCCAUUCCCCCUUACUGGGUAUAGAGCCCGAAAUCCCAGCACAUGACCAGGAAUUAAACCUCAACCUGCUGGUUCAUAGCUCGACUCUCACCCACUGAGCAACACCAGCCUGACAAGAUGUAUUAUUCACUUCAGAAAUCAGGAAAAUGGUUUUUUCAUGAAAUUUCAUUAUGUGCAUAAUAGCAAGUAAUUUUUUUUCACUAUUUUCAAUAAGCCAGAAAAUGAGAAAGGGAUAAUAGAAAUAAACUUUUGAUAAAAAGGUAAGAACUUUUGUGUGAAUGUUUCUCAGUUUCUGGGGAAAUUUUGCUACAAAAAGACAUUUAAAUAAUGUGGGGAGCUAGUCUUUUGCAUGUUUUUGGCUUGUCUUUGAAUUCAGUGGAUCUGCAAAAUGGAAGAAUUCCGAACCUCCUGAGCUAACACAAAUUAGAAGACCACUAUUUCUUAAAUUUUUAUUCCUGAGGUUAUGCAAAAUUUCAAGCAAAGUGUAAAUUUUAGUUAUAAAUACUUAUUUCAAAUGUUCAUAUAAUAAUUAUGAGACAUGUUAAAUUAAUGUAGCUCUUUGUUUAUGCAAAACUGAAAACAUUAAGUAAUGAGAAUACUAUCGUUUCACUUUUGCUUGUAUAAAAGUAUUUUAAAAUUAGUUUUGUGAUAUCUUACAGCUUUAAGUCUUUUAAAUAACACUUAGUGAAAGGACCUUUUGUACUUCUUAGCACCUCUUUGUCCCAAAUAUAGUCUGUGGUUUAGUUUAAAAAAAACAUCAACUCUAAAUACCUGGAAAAGUAAAAAUAAAGUUGGUAAAAUUAAAAAUUUCCUAAAUAAGGUAACUAGUUACAUUUGUAAGUUAUGUGAAAUAAACUUAGAAGUUAAACUCCCAUUUCCAAAGAGAAAAACUCUUUACUUAGGUAGAUAUUUUCUUUUGGAGCUUGAUUCUUUGAUUUUUAAGUCCAUAUAAAAGAAUGAACUUUGAGGUAAGCUUUUCUGAGUUGAUUUUUAAAAAUGGUACCCUUUUUUUUUUUUUUUAUGAAAAAAUACUUUCAAUUUCACAUUCACAGGGAAGUUGCAAGAAAAGUGCAAAGAAACUUGUUUCCUGAAUCAUUGAGCCAGUGAUGCCCUAUCUCCCUACAUUAGUAUGUAAUUCUUAUAAACAAGGACAUUGUUCUACUUCAUUCAUCACAAUAUAAUGAUCAAAAUCAGGAAUUAAUUUGAUACUGCACAGUUAAGGGAUCACACUUUAGUCUCCAUGAAUCUGAAACAGUUCAUCUUUCUUUGACUUUCAUUAUUUUAACACUUUGAAGAUUUCAGGCCAGUUAUUUAAUAGAUUGUUCCUCAAUUUGUGUUUGCCUAGUAUUUCAUUAAUAGAUCCAGGUUGUACCUUUUUAACAAGAAUAUCACAGAAGAAAUAGUAUCUUCUUCUUGCAAAAGUGUCACACAAUUUUGGUUCGUGCUGUUACCAAUGAUUAGACUUUUUUCAAUUAAUGAAGGUAGUAUCUGCCAAGCUCUUCCACUCUUUUUUCCCUUUGAUUAAUAAAUAUCUUAGAGUGACAUCAAAAUUUCACUUAUUAGUAUUAGCAUUCAUUGAAGAUUUUCAACUGAAUCAAUUAUUACUACAACUAGAGGCCUGUUGCACGAAGAGAUUUGUGCAAUAGGCCUUGCCUUCCCCUGGCUGCUGGCAACGGUUUCCCUUCGGCACCCGGGACCCAGGCCUUCGCUCCAGCUGGAGCCUUCAGUCUUCGCUCCAACGCUUUGACCCUAUGUAUGCAAAUUAACUGCCAUCUUUGUUGGGCUAAUUUGCAUACUCUCCUGAUUGGCUGGUGAGUGUAGUGGUGGGAUAGUUAAUUUACAUGUUUGUUUAUUAUUAGAUAGGAUGACUGUCAAAUACUCAUCUUCUAAUUCCUUUUAUGUUACAGAAGAGCAAAGAAAUACCAAGCACGCUUCCUAGAGAAAGGGAGGGACCCUGUUUAUUAACACCAGUGGACUCCAGGAAUAACUUCCAAAUCAGAGUGAAGAAACAUGCAGAGAGCCUGUACAUAUAUAUCCUGCUGGGGUCUUUGUCUUGCAAAUAUGCCCUAUGUCCCCUGUCCCCUGCCCCCUUCGUGGCCCUGCAGCAAGGCCCCAGGUGUCAGGCCACAUCCUGGUGCCAGCAUAACCCUCCCCCUGCCCCCCCCUCCCUCCAGGGCAGUGCAUUGUUUACAGUUUUUAUGGCCUGACAUGCCUUGCAAAACUAGUUUCCUCCUCAUUUAUAUGUUUUGGUUGGCAUUGGGUAAGUUCUAUAUUAGUUACAACUUUUCCUUCUUGUGUAUUCAUGGCUUCCUGUUUUAUUCAAUGAGUUAUAAUUUGUUGUUGAUGUUUAUUUUGAUUUCUAAGUCCUGAUUUGGCCAGUGGACGCCCCACCAAGCUGAGUCCUGUGUUCUUUUAACAUGAUCCUAUUAUUCUUGGAGAAUGUUCUUUAAUUAUUUUUGAAUGCUGUUGCUUUAAUACAAAAAGACACUCCAAGCUCAUCUUGUAUUUCAUCUGCACCAGCCCUAGUGUGGGCUAUUUCACUAAGAGGAACUAGUUCCUUUUAGUAGAAAAUGGUAUUUAUAAACCAAAAUCCGGGCACUAGGUCUGCUUAUUGCUAUUGUGGCAUUGGUGCUCCCAAGCCUUCUCAUGGCAUGCACACAGUCAUGCUUACUUCUAUGUAUUUUUUUUUUUACAUAUAUUGAACACUAUGAAUUAUACCACUAUUUCUAAUUCCAAUCUUAUUUCUAGUUUUCUCUCCCUUUCCAUGUUUGCCAUUUCUUUCACUGAGAGUGAGAAAUUUGGCUCCCAUUAGCUUUAAUGUAUUAACUUAAUAGAUCAGUCCCCCUCCUAGGUGAUCUCCUAAGGCUGCAUCCCUAUUUCAGAUCACUGAGACUCCCCUCCCCACUACCCUACAUGUUCUCCUUGGGCUCUGCAUACUGUAAUCCCACCUGCUGUGGUUAAUACCUACCUGUGCCUUGCUCAGAAUGAGUGAAUGACUUUUGUCCUUAGUUAUUCAGGAAGAAAGAGAAACAGGCAGGAAAUAAGUCAGGAAGGCAGAAAAUAAAAAUCUUUUAAAAAGGCAUUUUAGUACUCUACAAAAUUAUCUGUCAUCUCAAAGGACAGUUAUAUAUGCAAGUAUUUCCAGCUGCAGCAUUCCAUUAAAAUGCCUACUGUUUCUAAGCAACCAAAACUAGCUUUCUCUGUGAGGAAGAUGCUAUAAAUACAAAGAACAUCUCGUUGAUAUUUUUGAAGUCAAAUAGCAACAACGUUUUAGUAAGGGUUUUAGAAUUUUUUCCAUUUAUUAUAUUACCAAGAAAAAAAUUACUGUAUACAAAGAUAUUACAAAGACAACAUUCUGUACAAUAAAAGAAAACAUUCCUGUUGUAAAAUAACUGCAUCUUGACAGCACACUUAACAAUUAAAUAAUUCAAUGGUGCCUGAGAACUUUUAAAAAUUAUAACAGUAAGAAAUGUAAUAGUGCAUCCUCAUAAUCAAAAGCAUUUGUAAGUACAUUCUUUUAAAACAGAUAUAAUUUCUAAAGGGUGCAUGUGGUCUGAACCAUGCAUUUAAGAAUGUCCAUUUCCUAAAAAUCUCGUGUGUCCUUUCCAUUUCCUCUUAAAGCUACCUCAACUGUGUCAUCAAUGAAGUCUCCUGAGACUGAAUUCCACAAAUGGAUCCCCAAAUACUCCAACCUCAUCUAAUUCUUACUACAUGUUAUACAAAGUUAUAAUGGUUUGACUAGAUAAUAAAGUUUAAGAAGGAAAAUAGGCAAGAUAAACACUUGAUACUUUUACCAAUUUGUCAUUUAUUUACCUGCUGAUAUCUCUGAAAACUCAAUUUGUUGAAGCACCAACAAUUUGUACUAAUUAUUGUUCAUACAGAGGUGUUUAAUGAAUCUUUUUUGUAACUCUUUAAAUAUUUGAAAGUCCAAUAGUAAAGUGAAGUUGUAGAAGCAGGUGAUUAAGAUGACUAGAAUAUGAUAAAUUCCACUCCUUUUAAACAGGUAAUUACUAGCAGGUGGUAUCUUUUCCCUAAAGUCAUAGACAUUUAGGAUAGAAAAAAAAAUAUUUAGAAAAAAUAAUUAUUUAUAAACAUCCUAAUUUUGCCCCAUACUUAAACAAAACAGGAAAGGAAUCUUAAAGUGGUAACUUCAUUAGCUAUGACGAGACCUCUUUUUAGGAAGAAAGUCACAGAAUUUCAGAACUGGAAGUCUUUAAUUGACCUACCUUUGCUAUACAAUUGGAAAUGGCUAAAGAUUGGAAAGAAUAAAGUUGAAUGAAGGACCUCCAGAUGUGGGCAGCAGCUGGCCACUCCAAACAGAAACCGGUUUCAGGAUGCCGAUUAUGGAAAUCUAACCCAUGGUGAUUUUUCUCACUCUGCCACUGGAAGGAGCGUUUGGACUAGGGAUUAACCAGGGACCCAGGACAUACACGGAUGGUUUAACAGUAUUUGAUUCGUACUAUACACUUUACAGUGUUUCCUAUGCGUUAUUUUACUUAAUACAACAUACCUUGUGAGGUAGGUAGGCUGGGCAUUACCUGCAAUUUUAUAUCUGAAGAGACAGGCUCACACAAGCUGUGCUUUGUUAAAUAUCACACAGCUUUUAAGUGGCAGAGCUGAAGAUUAAAACCCAGAUGUCUGACUAAAAAUUCCCCAUCCUUUCCAUUUCUCCAUGCUAUUUAAACAUCCCAUGGACAUUUCUUUAAUCCCUCAAUAAAUCAAUUUAUAACAACUUAGUUGGUGCUACUAGGCAGCCUGGAUCACCAAUUCCAGGUCUUUAACAUGGAGAACUAGUAUAAUUAGUUUUUCUGAAGUAUCAGGUUAGAAAUUGACAAUCCAACGGUGUCUGUUCAGCAAGGUUCUGAGUAGAGAGGCCCAGUGACUGCUUUAAAAGGCUAUUAAGAUAGGUGCUGACGAUGGAAAUCAGAAGAGGGCUUUUGAGGAGUAGGUAGAUUGGCAAUGGGCAUGAAGGAAACCUAUGGGGUGCUGGAAAUGACUGUCUAUGUAUGUAAAUACUCAAGCUGUUCACUUAAAAUUAAUCCACUUUAUGCACUUUACCGUAGAUGUUUUCCCUCAAAAGAAAAAGACUGACCUCUUUGAGAAAGAGUUUUGCCUCAUUUACCUUUCUAUCAUUUCCAGAACCAAACAUGGUGCUGUGCACAUUAAACAUUAAAAAAGUGUGACAUGUGCCCUAGCUGGUUUGGCUCAGUGGAUAGAGCGUCGGCCUGCGGACUCAAGGGUCCUGGGUUCGAUUCCGGCCAAGGGCAUGUACCUUGGUUGCGGGCACAUACCCAGUAGGGUGUGUGCAGGAGGCAGCUGAUCGAUGUUUCUCUCUCAUCGAUGUUUCUAACUCUCUAUCCCUCAGUGAAAAAUCAAUAAAAUAUAU